UUCCUCCCUGCCUUGGAACUUCCUUUCCGCCUGUGUAAAUCUCGUCGUGAACACGCGUCUGCCUUCUCCGUGUUAAGUGAGUGUCUUCUAAAGACAAUUUAGUAUAUAUAUAUACCCUGUGAAAAUAAGUCCAACACGGCACCAUAACGUAGGCAUUCCCUUCAAAUAUUUUUCUUACCCUAACCUAAAAUUGGACAGCAAAUAAUGUAUUGGAGAUGAGUAUGCUAGGCAGUUAGCAUGCUACCUAACAGCCAUGACAUGUCACCAUGUGUACUCGCUCUUACUGUUUGCCGCAAAGAAAUAAGGCCCAAAACUACAGCUAGCUCAUUGAUUGGUAACGUUAUUCGCGAGGGAGUUCUUCAAUGACACAUCUUAAAAUUCUGAUUGAAGAAACAACAUUUAUCAGUGACAACCUCACUAACUGGAUCUUUGUGGACAGUGUGCUAGCUAGCUCAUUUGCUAACCUCUUAUCUAGUUAACGUUACUAGAUGCUCUGGGGGCAUGACAUGGACAAGUGUUAAUUGUUUCUGCAUGUUAUAGGGUUAUUCUGCUAAGUUCCCUUUUGAGACAUAUGUACAUGUGUACUACUUGUGUUUGUCAAAAGUAACUUAACUGUAUUGGAUAUUUUAUUUUUUAAUGCCCUCUUUUUUUUUGGCAUAUGAUGUAUAACUGCAUCAUGAUCUGUAUUGCAGAAUGCGUUACGUUGCUGCAUACCUGCUCUCUGCCCUUGGUGGUAAUGCCAGCCCACAGGCUGCUGACAUCAAGAAGAUCCUGGAAAGUGUCGGCAUUGAGGCUGACAACACGCGCAUGGAAAAAGUAUGUUUAAUAUCACGUUUUAUCUUAGUGUUGAGUGAAAGAGAACUUGUGUGUGUUCUGAAAGUUGAGCUCAAACAAAAGACAUGCUUGUAAUCUAUGGAACACUAAUUCCAGACCCCUAUUAUCUUCGCCUUCAGGUCGUCACUGAACUCGGUGGCAAAAAUGUGGAGGAGGUGAUUGCCCAAGGUGAGGCGCAGAACUGUCCACUGUCAAUGCAUAAUGAAAAGUCACUGAAGUGAACACAUCGACUUAAAAUUAGAACCUGAUGGUCAGUCUGGACUGAGCACACUGGUGGUUUAAUCUACUAGAAAUUUGCUUUGAAACUCUAGCAAGGCUUUUCUGCCACUGUUUUAGUGUUAUUGGUAUAUACAUCACUAAAGUUGUAGUUAAAUCCGUUAACUGUAAUUUCUCUGACAGGCUAUGGUAAACUGGCCAGUAUGCCAGCAGGUGGUGCUGUGGCAGUGGCCAGCUCAGGUGGAGCCGCUGCUGGAGCCGCUGCCCCCGCUGCAGGUGAGCAUACAUCAGAGCCCACAUGAGUGUUCUAGAUUCUUGUCAAGUUUACCUUUUGGAUGUCCGUUAAAUUAUAGAUAUUGAUGUGUGGGUCAGCUCAAUACCGAUGUGGCACUUGGUCAGUCGAGCUAAAGCUUAUUUGCCAUUACUAAAUACAUGGGAAAUCUUGUAGUACUUACCAGCAUUAAAACUGUUUCAUUGCGAAAUGCAUGCGUUUUUUAAUUGGUGGGGGGUCAUUCAUUUUAGUUACAUCAAGGCUGGUAGUAUGGGAUCGUUUUAAAAACAGGUCAUUUUCGGAUUGAUAAAUUGUUGAUCAGCACAUUACUAGUACAUAAAGGGUAGUUUAUUUUGUUUAUGAACAUGUCUUUUGGUAAACUCUUUAUUAGAUUAUUACUUUCACUAUAGCUUUGAAUAUCUGUGUUUUCAGACAAUGGAUUUGGUAAAGAUGGUAUUGUUAAUUGAUUACUGUGAUCUCUUUACAGCUGUGGAGAAGAAGGAAGAGAAGGAGGAGUCUGAAGAGGGAUCUGAUGACGACAUGGGAUUCGGCCUGUUCGACUAAACUUGUUAAAAAUCAGAAAUAAACUUUGUAAAAGAGGAAAAGGCUAAAUGUUA